GAAUUUAUUGAGAGAAAGAUAGCUUCCAAGGGAGAAAGGAGGUCCGGAAAGUAGGUUGCCCCAGGGGAUUCUGGUUGUUUUGGGGGUUUUUUGAGACAGGGUUUCCCUGUGUAGUCCCAACUGGCCUUGAACAUACUGUGUAGCCCAGGCUGGCCUUGAACUCGGGGCUAUCCUCCUGCCUCAGCCUCCAGAGGGCUGGCAUUACAGGUGUGCUGCACCAUGCUCAGCGGGGCUUCUCUUUUGACAGAGAAGAAGAUGCUAGAACCACAAGUGGAUGGCUUGAUUGACCUACCAGAUUAUGAACAUAUAGAAGAUGAAACCUUCCCUCCGUUUCCACCUCCAGUCUCUCUGCAGAGAGAUGGUGAAGGAGCUGAACCAGAUGAAGAGUCAGGGAGCAGAGAACCUGUUCCUGUCCCUCCAAAGAGAACAGUUAAAAGGAACAUCCCCAGGCUGGACGCUCAGAGAUUAAUUUCAGAGAGGGGCCUUCCAGCUUUAAGGCAUGUGUUUGACAAGAUAAAAUUCAAAGGUAAAGGUCAUGAGGCAGAGGACUUGAAGACGCUCAUCAGACACAUGGAGCACUGGGCACAUAGACUAUUCCCCAAACUGCAAUUUGAGGAUUUUAUUGACAGAGUUGAGUACUUGGGAAAUAAAAAGGAAGUUCAGACUUGUUUAAAACGAAUUCGACUUGAUCUCCCUAUUUUACAUGAAGAUUUUGUUAGCAAUAGUGAUGAUGUAGGGGAAAAUAAUGGCCUUGAGGUAACAGCUACUGAAUUUGACCCCUUCCUGACAAACUUAGCGGAGGGUGAGAAACUUGAUCCUGAGCCAAGGAGCACCCUCACAGAGGAGCAGCAGCAGAGAAUUGAGAGGAACAAACAUCUGGCCCUGGGAAGAAGGCAGGCAAAGCUGCUGAGCAGCAGUCAGGCCCCGGAAAACGACAUGUCCGUGGACACACAUGGCGCACAGGCAGUUGAAGAGGUUCAUUCUGGAGAGGAGCAGGAGGAAGUGAACAGAGACAUUGUCCACACCCCAUGCGGUGAUGCUCCUGCCAGUGCUCUAAGUGGAGAGGAAGUGAUAUCAGAGCAAACACAACUGGACCAGUCUUUUUAAAAUGUACAACCCCAAGCUGGGCGUGGUGGUGUACAUCUGCAACCCCAGCACUUGAGAGACUGAGGCAGGAGGAUUGGUGCAAGUUUGAGGCCAGCCUGAACUCCACGGCGAAACCCUGUCUCAGAACACCAAAAAGAAACAGUAAAAUGUACAACUCCAUGCUGCACAGUUACUGAGGUUAGCAAGGCCUCCACCAAGAAAAUGUCAGAUUAAUUCAACAUCCUGCACAUUUGCCAUUUGUAUUUUAUGUGAAAAUUCUUAGGUAGUAAAUAUAUGCAAAAUCCUGCUAAAAAUCUGAUAUUUAUUUGUUUGUCCUUUAUUAACUUAGUUCAGCCUAUUAUCUUGAAUACUAUUUUUAUAUAGCUGUGACCUCAUAAAUGAUUAAUAGUUAAUAAGUAGCUGCUGCUGCUGUUGUGCACUGAAUGGCAGUGCUGACUCAAUGGGGUCAUAUUGAAGAUAUAAAUAUGUUUCAACCAUUAAUGUCUUUUUAAAAAGAAGUAAAAAUGAUGAUUUUUAAAACUGGA